AUGACUGACCUCUUGAAGAGGAUAGUGGAUAGGCAGGAUCAAGAACCUGUGAUUCAACCUGGGGGUUUUGAGGGAGGAGUAGAUAGAUGUUUAGAACGAUUCCAAAAAUUUUUUCCACCUAAGUUCUUGGGAGGACCUGAUCCUGAGAUAGUUAAAAGUUGGCUUGAAAGGUUGAUCGAUAUCUUUGCUGCCCUAAAUUACACUGAAGAGCGGCAAGUGACCUUUGCCGUUUUCCAAUUUGAGAGAGCAGCUCGAUCUUGGUGGAAUGUUGUGAGAAUUAAGUGGGAGAGAAAUCAGACCCCUUGGACUUGGGCAAAUUUAGUGAGAGAAUUUAACGAGAAGUACUUUCCUCCUUUGAUUCAAGAGAAAAGAGAGGAUGACUUUGUAAGACUUCAGCAAGGCAAUUUAAGUGUGGCAGAGUAUGAGACUCAAUUCACUAGGCUUUCAAAAUUUGCUCUAGAGUUAGUCAUGACUGAACGAAAAAGGGUGAGGAGAUUUGUACAAGGGUUAAAUGUGGAGAUCCAGGAGGCUUUAGCAGUAGUUCAGAUUGAUACAUUUGUCGAGGCAUUAGAAAAGUCUCAGAGGGUCGAGAGUGCAAGGUUUCAAGUCAAAACCUUUCAAACGAGAAAAAAAUGUGCCGACUGGCACAUUAGGGUAAACCAGCAAGAGCAUGCUGCCUCCUAA